CUUCCUUCACUCGCAGCUCCCUCCUCUUAACGCCAUGUUGGCUGUUGUGACUUGACUUGUUUUUCCUCUGCCCUACUACGGAGUUGACAGGAGUGGCCCUUUUUAAACCCCCCUGCACUUUGGAGACGCUUUAUUUCGCUUUGCGCGUCCGUCUUUGGAUGAUACGCGCAGAAUAUGCACGCAUAAGACCUGUGACUUUGCAUUUGAAAGGAAUACUGCUUGGAAAAAUAAAACGAGGUUUCUGAGGGCUUUUUUUGAUUGUUGCUUGGAUUUUUGUUUUUGUUUUCCGUGUCAUAUGUGCAACAAAAUGUCAGAUGUUCGCCUUUCUAAUGCGAGUCCGACAUUGGAGAGGGUAGACGCGAGGCAGCCAGACAACGCCAAACCCCCGGUGUGCCGAAACCUUUUCGGUACCCCUGACCCCGAGCAGCAUCAGAGGUAUGUCAGGGCUGUAAUGCACGAAGCGCAGCGGGUUUUUGCAGAGCGGUGGGAUUACGACCCCGUUACCGACAGACCGCUCUCUCCGCGCACUUGUGAAUGGGAGGUGGUCAGCGACCCAGCGGAUUACUAUGUCAGACAGCCUCACACGCGCCAGCGUCCCCGUGGAAAUGAGGACUUGCACGCUGAUAACGACCCACAUGAUGCCGAGGACAGGACUGAGAGGCAGCCGGACCCCCAGGCGGUCAGACCGGGUUCGCGGAAAAGACCUGCAGGAGUUUCAGGUGGCUGUGCGAGCGAGUGUCAGAGUAAAAGGUUGCAUACCGACGAGGAUGACGAUGACGAUGAUGAAGAUCGGCGACACUGCCCAGGAGGCCAGACAGUGACAUGUGGGGAGCUAACACCCAGCAGGCCAGACAGCAGGACAGUACUACAUUGAACCAGGAUGAGAGCAGGGAGUCCUGUCGCUGGUGGGAUACUGUAGCCUUUCUCAGCACCUGACACAGGGAGAGGAGAGAGAAAA